AUGCAAUCCACAGUGGUCACGGUGUCAGACAUGGAUCGUAAAACCAGCCGCACCAACCAUGAGACCCAGGACACUGAAGCAACGACCCCACUGAACCAUGUCCCUGACGGGGUCACCCUGGGCACUGACGUUCCCUGCUGGUACUACUUCACCAGGCCCAUCCUGGCCAUCCUUAUCGGCGGAGUGCUGUUCGGCUUGGGCACGGCCCUCUCCCUGCUCUACUUCACCCAGGUGGGGAACGUGCCCUACCUGCUGGGUCCUGUGUUCCUUUCUGUGGGGCUCAUGUUCCUGGUCACGGGGCUGGUGUGGGUGCCCGUGGUGAAACAGAGACUAGAGCACAAGGCUCUGACCAAGGUCAAUGGCAAGGCGCUUCAGGUGCACGAACAGCACUGA